UUGUCUCAAACAUUGAAUUGUUCGUGUUACAAUUUUCGUACAAUUUACUGGCGCAGCUUGUUUUCAGUGUUGAGUGAAAAUGGCGGAGCCACAGGAAAAAAGACAGAAAACUGAGGAUGGUUUUAAAGACUUUUUGUCUGUGCAAGAAAACGAAGAGCUUAUGACCCUGUUAAGAAUUAUUUUGGAAGAACUUAAUGUUGGUCUAGCACAUACAAGUGUGUAUUUUGUUCAUGUGAAUGCUGCAAAUGCUAAUUCGUACACUAAAUUCAGCAGUGCGACAAUUACUGCAGAAUUCAUGCAAAGACAAUAUCGGAAUCGACUGGUACCAAUGGUAGCGCCAUUUGCUUUACUUUUUGUUCGGGGAUUCGCAAUUCUUUCAGAUUUCCUAAACAAACAAGAUCCCAAAAUACCAGAGAAUAUAGAUGAACGUCGGGCUCUUUUAGAAUUGAUCCAGUUUCUAACAAAUGUAAAUGAGCAGUCAGUUCUUAAUGAGGAUAGACAUGACAGCAAAAAAGAAUCUGAGGCAGUAUUACUUGCUCAGCAUUUGUUGAUACCACUUGUACAACAGAAAACCUUGGUAAUUGAUUCCUAUCUUGAUCUACAGUCUGAAAGAGGUUGUUCAGUCGAGCACCCAAUGAAUGGAACAAAAGGAGAUACAUCAUAUGGCUGUCCCAAAGGCUGGCAUGGACGUGUUGAUGUCUUGUUGGGUGAGCAAGUACCAGUAUCUGUAGUUGAAGCUGCAGGAGAUAAAGGGAAUGCUGAUGCUGUUUCUGUGAUGUCUGACUCAUGGGUGGAAGUUGAGAAAGAUGACACAUUUUCACCAGAAAGUAUUUCACAAGUUAUGGCUCAGACAAUAGUUAAUUCAUUUGUACAGCACAAGAGAAACCCUGUGUCAUCGAACUCGUUGGUUCCUGGAAUAGGAAUUUAUUCAAAGAAGAUGGUUGUGUACAUGUACGAUUGUGUUGAAGAUAUUUUACUUACAAGUGGUCCAGUAGCUUUGCAUGCAGACAUGAAUGCAUCUGGUUUGAAUUACCGUGCUAUUAUUAUUCUCUGGUUAGGAUUAAACUACAAACUUUUUGGUAAUGCAACCCCUCCGAAAUACAAGCAUUAUACCUCAGAUUUUCAUCAUGUAAUUGGUCCAGUACAGUUGGAAAGGUAUAAGCAGGAAACUGAACAGCCUUUUAAAGGAAAACUAGAUGAAGAGGAUUUUGUCAAGCUUUUCAAUGAGGCCAAAGAAACUGCAUGUUCUCAAGAUAAAGUGUCUGAAUUUGUUCCUGAAAGAAAGUCGAUUUCAUUGAAUUAAUUUCAUCCAACAAGUGAAUGCUUAUGAUGAGAAUAAGUUUGGAUGCUCUUCUUUAGAUUUUUAGCUCACCUGAGCAAUGCUCAGGUGAGUUUUUAUGAUCGCUCGAUGUCCGGCGUCUGUCUGUCGUCUGUCAACAUUUAGCUUGUGUAUGCGAUGGAGGCUGUAUUUUUCAACUGGUCUUCAUGAAACUUGGUCAGAAUUAUUACCUUGAUAAAAUCUAGGCCGAGUUUGAAAGUGGGUCAUCUGGGUUCAAAAACUAGGUCACUAGGUCAAAUCAAAGAGAAACCUUGUGUAUGCGAUAGAGGCUGUAUUUUUCAGUUUAUCCUCAUGAAUUUUGGUCAGAAUUAUUACCUUGAUGAAAACUAGGCCAGGUUUGAAAAUGGGUCAUCUGGGAUCAAAAACUAGGUCACUAGGUCAAAUCAAAGAAAAACUUUGUGUAUGCGAUAGAGGCUCUAUUUUUCAAUUGAUCUUAAUGAAAUUUGGUCAGAAUGAUUGCCUUAAUGAAAUCUAGGUCGAGUUUGAAUAUGGGUCAUCUGAGGUCAACAACUAGGUCACUAGGUCAAAUUACAGAAAAAUCUUUUGUAUGCGAUAGAGACAGUAUUUUUCAAUUGAUUUUCAUGAAAUUUGGUCGGAAUGAUUGCCUUGAUGAAAUCUAGGUCGAAUUUGAAUAUGGGUCAUCUGGGGUCAAAAACUAGGUCACUAGGUCAAAUCAAAGAAAAACCUUGUGUAUGCGAUAGAGGCAGUAUUUUUUCAAUUGAUCUUCAUGAAAUUAGGUCAGAAUGAUUGCCUUGAUAGAAUUUAGGUCAAGUUCGAAUAUGGGUUUAAACUCAAGAGACCACAUUUUUAGUGCAAUCUUAAUGAAAAUUGGCCAAAAUAUUUGUUUCCAUGAAAUCACUAGGUCAAACAUGUUUACACUGUUAUGGUAUGUUUUCAGGUGAGCGACCAAGGGCCAUCUUGGCUGUCUUGUUUUCAAAUGGUUUCAUGCAGAAUUCUGGUUGCCAUUUUCCUUACAGGGUAAAUGGAAACUUUUAUUUAACUAUCUUUACACUUUAGCACAUUCAAAGGCUGCACUUUCUGUUGUGACUUUUGAGACUUAGUAACUGUUUAAGUAUUUGUCUGAUAGUGAGCUGUGUGGAGUAAGAAAUUAGGUCACAAGACCAGAUCGAAGGAAAAUAACUUGUUAACAGAAUAAAUGCCUCGUUUUCAGUUUGAAACUCGAUAAUCCUUUGGCAAAGUUUGAGACUGAUUGUUAUGUGGUCAAAAACUUGGAUAAAAAAUAAGACUUUUAAGUCACUCUAAGAGCUAUAUUUCUGUUAGAGAAUUUUAUGAGACUUGGUAAGCUUGUUAGCUCACCUGUCGUGUAGUGACAAGGUGAGCUUUUGUGAUCGCCCUUCAUCUGUCCAUUCGUUAUCCGUCUGGCCACAGUUUCUUGUGAACACAGUAGAGAGACCAGAUAUUGCAAUAGAUUUUAAUCAAACUUGCACACAACCUGUACUGGCCUAAUAUCUUUGUCCUUUCACAAAAAUGGACAGAACAUAUCAUGGGUUCAAGAGUUGCAAUUUUGGCUUGUGAACACGAUACAGACCUUAGUUUGCAUUUGAUUAUAAUCUAACUUGCACACAACUUGUGUCGGCACAAUAUCUUGGUUCCUUACGAAAACUGACCAGAUCCCAUAGUUCUGGAGGUAUGGCUCCUUAAAGGGACAAAGUUUGCUAUUUUGGCUUUAGCAGCCAUAUUCUGGUGCUUUGGGAUAAUGAAGAACAUUCACUUUUACCGUGUUAGAAUUCUGCUUAAGCUGGUGCAAGGGGGCGUGGGGGCAAACCUCAUUGACAAACUCAGUCAAACCUAGUAUGCUGUUAUGUUCUUAGUUGUGUUCGGUGCCUAACCGUAAGAAAUGAGAAGUUUGUCUGAAACUAUGUUGUGUCUGACGCACGGUAGAAAGGGAAUAACUUUUUGCGUCUAAACUUUUGACUUGCAUGUGUUGUAACCGAGUCUUAUCUGGCUUUUAGAUCAUUUAUCUAGGUUUUUAUAAUUAUAUAACAGCGGUAUCCAGCCAUCUCAAUACAAUCGAUCUUAAGUGGCGACCGCAUUUAUCUAAUAUCAUAACAUUUAAGGUGCUGUACUUUGUUUUAAUUCGGAGUAAAUAUUUAAUCUAUCACCAAGAAAAUCUAAUUACUUCAGAAAUUAGAAAUAAAAGCAGAUACUUUUCAAUAAUUGUUUCAUAAAGUCUGCUUUAAUUUGUUUUUGUUUGUCUUUCUUGAAAUAACGUGUCGUAAAUAUGGUAAUUUACAUAAUUUAAAAUAUUACCAAUUACUGGUAAUCACUUAUUAAACUAUAAUUAUUAGUCCCCUUCUGGUUCAAAACCAGUUUCGGGGACUAUAGGAAUGCGCUUUUCCGUCAUUCUGUCCGUCCGCAAUUUCGUGUCCGGUCCAUAACUCUUUUAUCCAUGAAGGGAUUUUAAUAUUACUUGGCACAAAUGUUCCCCAUGAUGAGACGUCGUGUCAUGCGCAAAACCCGGACCCCUAGCUUAAAGGUCAAGGUCACAAUGGGAGGUCAAAGGUCAACAGGGCUUUUUUCCUGUCCAGUCCAUAACUCUCCCAUCCAUGAAGGGAUUUUAAUAUCACUUGGCACAAUUGUACCUAGUAAUAAGAUGAUAUGUCAUGCACAACUUUGAGACCCCUAGCUGAAAGGUCAAGGUCACACAUAGCAGUCAAAUGUUAACAUUGCAUGAACAGGGUCUGUUUCGUGUCCGGUCCAUAACUCUUUCAUCCAUGAUGUGAUUUUAAUAUUACUUGACACAAAUGUUCCCCAUGAUAAGACGACAUGUCAUGCACAAAACCCGCACCCCUAGCUCAAAGGUCAAGGUCACAAUUUGAGGUCAAAGGUCAACAGGGUUUUUUACCUGUCCGGUCCAUAACUCUCCCAUCUAUGAAGGGAUUUUAAUAUCAAUUGGCACAAUUGUACCUCAUAAUAAAACGAUGUGUCGUGCACAACUUUCAGAUCCCUAGCUCAAAGGUCAAGGUCACACUUAGCAGUCAUAUGUUAACAUGUCAUGAACAGGGUCUGUUUCCUGUCCGGUCCAUAACUGUGUCAUUCAUUAAGGGAUUUCAAUAUUACUUAGCACAGGUGUUCCCCAUGAUGAGACAACAUGUCAUGUGUAAAAUCCGGAGCCCUUGCUCAAAGGUCAAGGUCACCAUUGGGGGUCAAAUGUCAAUAGGGCUUUUUUCCUGUCUGGUCCAUAACUCUGCCAUCCAUGAAGGGAUUUUGAUAUUACUUGGCACAAAUGUUCCCCAUGAUGAGGCAACAUGUCAUGCGCAAAACCCGGACCCCUAGCUCAAAGGUCAAGGUCACAAUUGGAGGUCAAAGGUCAACAGGGCUUUUUUCCUGUCUGGUCCAUAACUCUCCCAUCUUUGAAGGGAUUUUAAUAUCAAUUGGCACAAUUGUACCUCAUAAUAAAACGAUGUGUCGUGCACAACUUUCAGACCCCUAGCUCAAAGGUCAAGGUCAUACUUAACAGUCAUAUGUUAACAUGUCAUGAACAGGGUCUGUUUGCUGUCUGGUCCAUAACUGUGUCGAUCAUUCAUUAAGGGAUUUCAAUAUUACUUAGCACAGGUGUUCCCCAUGAUGAGACAACAUGUCAUGUACAAAUCCAGGAGCCCUUGCUCAAAGGUCAAGGUCACAAUUGGGGGUCAAAUGUCAAUAGGGCUUUUUUCCUGUCUGGUCCAUAACUCUGCCAUCCAUGAAGGGAUUUUGAUAUUACCUGGCACAAAUGUUCCCCAUGAUGAGGCAACAUGUCAUGCGCAAAACCCGGACCCCUAGCUCAAAGGUCAAGGUCACAAUUGGAGGUCAAAGGUCAGUGGUUUUUUUUCCUGUCCGGUCCAGAACUUUGUCAUCCAUCAAGGGAUUACAAUAUUACUUGGCAUAAAUGUUCCCCAUGAUAAGACGACGUGUCAUGCGCAACACCCAGAACCCUAGCUUUAAGGUCAAGGUCACACUUUGAGAUCAAAGGUCAAUAGGAUUUUUUUCCUCUCUGGUCUAUAACUUUGUCAUGCAAAACAGGAUUUAGAGACCGUACCAUAGUUCUUCGCUUACUUCGAUUUUUCAAAAUAAAGUGGUUUUUACAAGUGCACCGGUUACGAUAAAAAUGUAAACAACGAACUCUGUCAAUGAAUCUUUGGAAUGAAUGAAUGACAGUCGAUCUAAUUCAUAAUACUGAUUGACAUAGAAUGCUUAUGACUCCAUGUGUUGCAAAAAGGUAUUUAGUUUGUAACUGUAAUUUCCUAUCAGUUGAAAUCCUCUCAAAACUGGUAAAAUGAUUGCUUAUAUUUGGACAAAGCUCAUCGUCUUUGCCGUUCGCCAGCUGCUAACAGGGCAGAUAUAAAAGAUUCAGUGUAAGUUAUAUUUCACUGGUACUACCAGUUAGUAAGUUCAUACUCUGAACAACACGUCAGAGAAAUUUGGGCAGUUUUGACGAAUUUAAGAGAUGGCAGCAUUAGAUAAUAUUUUUUCUUUACACGAAAAUUGCCGUUAGGUAACAAAGCGAAUACGCCGAUAAUCCGGAGUUCACCGAUUAUGAUGUUAUUGGCACAAAAUUGUUCCAGUUCACGUAAUGUAAAGGUGCACCUAAACUGCAUAACUAUUAGCUACUGCUGUUAUAGGAAAGUGGUUGAGUGUCUGCCUUAGGUGUGAGAGGUCCUGGGUUCGAGUCCCGGUUAGAGCUUAAAUAGUUGCAUUCUGCUACAGCAUAUUUUUGCUGUUUACAGACUGUUUUAGAUGUUCUAAAUAUUUAGCACACAGUAUCAUGGAUCAUUAUUUAGCAAUCCAGAUCACAAUUGAAUGUUGGAUCAAAUGCACCCAAUUAGAAAAUAUUCACUAUAUUAUGUCCCUUUGAUGUUUCUGCUGUCCAAGUUCAAGAAGAGUUACAUUUCCUUGAUCACAAAAUUUUCUUUUACAUGAAAUUAUUAAAUGCCCAUAACAACACUAUGCUUCUGGUUAAAAUAUUGUCUAUAUAUCAAUUUUUGAGAAAUAUAUGGACACUUGCCUUCAUUUCAAAGCUUUUUAACUUCAAACCCAUUAUUUGAAAAACUUAGGUACUAUCUCUACAGGAUUUAAAUAUCAGUUGGCACAAACAUUUCCCUGGAUGAGACAACAUGUUGUGCACAAAGCCCCGGCUCUAGAUCUAAGGUCAAGGUCAUACUUAGAAGUCAAAUUCAAGAAUGACUUUGUCUGGAGCGUUUCUUCUUUAUGCAUUGAGGGGAUUUUAAUGUAACUUGGCACAAAUGUUCACCACUAUGAGACGAAUUGUUGCGCGCCAGAAUCAGGUCCCUAGGUCUAAGGUCAAGGUCAUACUCAGAGGUUAAAGGUCAAAUUCAAGAAUGACUUUGUCCGGAGCAUUUCUUCUUCAUGCAUGGAGGGAUUUUGAUGUAACUUGGCAGAAAUGUUCACCACUAUGAGGCACACUUUUUUAGCUCACCUGUCACAUAGUGACAAGGUGAGCUUUUCUGAUCACCCUUCAUCCGUCGUCAGUCCGUCCGUCCGUCCGUCAACAAUUUCGUGUCUGCACGAUAGUGGUUUCAUUUAUGAUUUUAUUUUAACCAAACUUGCACACAACUUGUAUCACCAUAAGAUCUCGGUUCCUUUCUUGAACUGGCCAGAUCCCUUUAUAGGUUCCAGAGUUAUGGCCCCUGAAAGGGCCAAAAUUAGCUAUUUUGACCUUGUCUGCACAAUAGCAGCUUUAUUUAUGAUUUGAUUUUUACCAAACUUGCACACAACUUGUAUCACCAUAAGAUCUUGGUUCCUUUCUUGAACUGGUCAGAUUCUUUUAUGGGUUCCAGAGUUAUGGCCCCUAAAAGGGCCAGAAUUAGCUAUUCUGACCUUGUCUGCACAAUAGCAGCUUCAUUUAUGAUUUGAAUUUAUCAGACUUGCACAAAACUUGUGUCACCAUAAGAUCUGAGUUCCUUUCUUGAACUGGCCAGAUCCCAUAAUGGAUUCCAGAGUUAUGGCCCCUGAAAGGGCCAAAAUUAGCUAUUUUUACCUUGUCUGCACAAUAGCAGCUUCAUUUAUGAUUUGAUUUUAACCAAACUUGCACAAAACUUGUAUCACCACAAGAUCUUAAUUCCUUUCUGGAACUGGCCAGAUUCCAUCUUGGGUUCCAGAGUUAUGGCCCCUUAAAGGUCCGAAAUUGGCUAUUUUGGCUUUUGCAGCCAUAUAGAGACUUCAUUUAUGAUUUUAUUUGAUACAAACUUCCAAAAUAUCUUCAACAACAAUAAAUCUUAGAUUCCAUGACAAAUCAGAUCCAUUCGUAGGUUCCAGAGUUAUUUUAUAUCUGAUUACCUCCCCUGAUUGUAAUCAAAAUGGAUUUAUAUCAGUAAGUUAUAUAUACUUAUAGGACUUAUUUGAAAUUUCAUUAUUGUCAUUGGGUGGACUGAGCCAAUCAGGGUAGAUAACUGUGGACUGAUUUUAUGUCAAAUUACCUCCCUUUAUUUCAAAUUAAAAUGGGUAUAUCUCCGUAACUAAUGAAGAUACUGAUGUGAAAUUUCAUUUAUGUCAACAGAUUUAUUUGGCAGAUCCUUCUUUUGUUCACUUACAAUCAUUUUUUUUUAAUUACUUCCCUUUUACGUUACUAUAAAUAGCUUAUUUUUAGUAACUUUUUUAUUAUUGGCCGUAGGGAAAAACCGAGACCACUUUUCUGUGAUACAACAUGGAUGGUACCUCCAAUUUUUAGGUGUAUUUUAACAUAUCUGUACCUUGUAAGAAUUUGUUUUUCUUAUUGGUUAUAUUUCUUUCCUCUGUUGUUCCUGUCUUUUGGACUAAGAUAUUUUUUCUGAGGACCUUCUUGUCCUGAAGUGCAAUGAUAACAGGUGAGCGAUAUAGGGCCAUCAUGGCCCUCUUGUUUAGAAUUAUGUCCCUUUGUUGUUACUUUAAAUAGAUUAUAUUGUAACUUUUUUAUUACGGGCCGUAGGGAAAAAUUGAGACCACUUUUCUGUGGUACAACAUGCACGGCACAUCCAAAUUUUAUUUUGAUCUAUCUCUACCUGGUAAAGAGUCUUAUAUUUUAUAGAUUUUUUUAAAUUUUUUUUUUAGAGUUAAUUUCACUUUGUUGUUACUAUAAAUAACUUUUAUGAUAACAUUUGUAUGAUCGGCUAAAAAAUUCCAAAUGAAAACAACUGUACGUUUUUAUAUAUGCAAAUUUUAAUCCAAGUGCUUUGUUAUAUUAUAUUGUAUAUAUAGUACAAUAUUGUUUAUACAUCAUUGACAGAUAUCAGUUCAUUAUGUUAUACUGCAUUAGAGAAAAUUAGGUGCCUUCCAGUAGGGGACUUUGUAUUGCAUGGCAAUACUUCAUUCACUUGUUUCAAUAGAUUAAACCUUUAUGAAUUACAGCAAAGCAUAAUAGGAAAUGCAUCUCGUAUCGCUGAAUCAAACGCGUGUUUACUUAUGUGCGUGCAUAUAAAUAUGGGAAACAUUUCUUUCUCUUUUAUCUUCUUGGUACCCAUUCAAAAGUUAGAAUAUCAAUCAAGGAUUGGUUGAAUGCUGUGACAACACACACAACGCAGUCGUGUGUGAUCUUAUAUAAAUUACAAGAUCACAAUUUAACACUUGCCUGUUCUAGAAUGAUAUUCAACGUGAAAAUGUAUUGUACAGUUGGCGGGAAAAAUGAAACAAAAAUUCUUCUACAUCAAGUUGGAUCUUCAUUUCAAAGACACGCGAAAUCUGUUGCCGAUGAAUAUUAGAGGGCUUGCGUGCCGAUGCCGCUUGAAUCCUUAUGGGUUCUGUAACGGUAUUCCCUUAGAAUUGAUAAGAGUUAACAUUUGUUCUGAUCUGAGGAAUACUUCAGAUGGAUGAAUGUUCCAGGGCAGCUCUUACAGAAUACUUGCUAAAUAUGUAUGUAUAUAGCAGACCUUCACUUCGAAAAUCGUGAUGUGACAUGUUAAAAUACACCUUGAACUGACGAUGUAACUCUUUCCUAGACAUCAGAUGUUAUCUUUGCACAUAACAUACUUUCCGGACCUCUCUUAUAAUGCAGUUAGGUAAUUUAAAGAUUUUUUUAAAAAUUUACAUCCAACGGCAUUUACAUAAUUGCCGUUGUUUACCAUUUCGGGGUCAUUGACAGUUUGUCAGAUUGUCGCACACAAGACUCACUUGUCAACUCUUGGAUUUCUAAGCUAAUUGGCAUUGCAGACAAAAUGGUUUGAUGGUUCGAUUCUGUGUCUAACAAUAUGGACCUAGAAUGUAUGCUGAGGAGUAAAAUACAACAUUCUUAUGUAGGUAUGGUAGUCUGAUGCCGAAAUUGAGCAUUUAUCUAAAAACAAGAUGGCGGUUAAUAUGGCGGCCAAAUGAAUAAAAAACAUCUUGUAAAAGAUUUUAUUUAUAGCAUCUCAGUAUAUUAUACAAAUGAUUUGAACACUGUUGAAUCAAUAUAAAAUGUAUUAGUAUUAAUAUAUCGAUGCUGCUA